UUAUGAAAUGACUCUUUCGUACUUCCUGAAACAUGACAGGCCAUAACACUCGUUGGAAAUUAUUUAAGUUUCUUAAGGUGCUGCUGUUUAGUGUCAUAUUUUUGAUUACAGUUUUGUUCCUUGUUGCCACAGUUAGGACGUUUACAUUUGAUGUAGGCGCGGGGCUUCAGCUGGGAAAAUGGGAAAAUACAACAACCAUUUCUCUUCAUUUAAGUCCACAACAGAGGAAGAAUCUGCUGGUAAACUUCAAAGCGGCCAUACAGAUUCCCACCGUGUCAUUUACUGAGACGAAUGUGAACACGAGCGCGCUGCAGGAGUUUGACGGGCUGCUGAGGAGGGUCUUCCCAAAGGUCUUCUCAUCCAGCCUGGUCAAACAUGAGCUGGUGGGAAACUACAGCCACUUGUUCACGGUUCCUGGGAGAGAGCCUGAUCUGGAGCCGUACAUGCUGCUGGCUCACAUUGAUGUAGUCCCGGCCGAUGAGGCGGAUGGGUGGGACGUUCCUCCUUUCUCUGCUCAAGAGCUCAAUGGCUUCAUUUAUGGACGAGGAACCAUCGACAACAAACAGUCUGUGAUGGGGAUCCUUCAGGCGCUGGAAUACCUGCUGGAACGAGGUUACACCCCUCGCAGAAGCUUCUACAUUGGUUUGGGUCACGAUGAGGAGGUGAAUGGCUUACAUGGCGCAAUCAAUAUUGUGAAGCUCCUGAAGAGUCGAAGGGUGAAGCUCCAGUAUGUUUUAGAUGAAGGCCUGGCAGUGCUGGACGGUGUCAUAAGCGGCCUGGAUGGACCUGCUGCCCUGAUAGGUAUCAGUGAGAAGGGUCAGGCCACGGUAAAGCUGAGUGUCAGCAGCGCUCCAGGACAUUCAUCCAUGCCUCCCAGAGAGAGCAGCAUUGGCAUCUUGGCUUCAGCUGUCAGAAGGUUGGAGGAAAAUCCGAUGCCCAGACUGUUUGGUUAUGGUCCUGAGCGUGGCACAUUUGAACACCUGGCACAUAAGUUUGGCUUGCCUCUCAGAUUCAUCAUGUCUAAUUUGUGGCUCUUCUCUCCGCUACUCAGCAGGGUGUUAGAGAGAAAACCUGACACAAAUGCCUUUGUUAGGACCACAACUGCCGUCACAAUGUUUAACUCGGGUGUAAAGAUUAACGUAAUCCCGUCAUACGCUGAAGCUUUUGUCAAUUUCCGCAUCCACUCAGCCCAAACAUUGCAGGAGGUUUUGGAUUUGGUCAAGUCCACCAUAUCAGAUGAGCGUGUGAAGGUAGAGAUGGUCAAUGGAUUCGACCCGCUGCCCAUCAGCUCCUAUGAUGAGCAGGCUUUUGGGUUCCAGAUCAUAAAGAAAACAGUGCAAAUCAUGUUUCCUCAGCUCACAGUGGCUCCUGGUAUCUGUGUUGGCAACACUGACAGCCGUCACUACAAGGAUAUCACCCGAGACAUAUAUCGCUUUGCACCAUCGUGGUUCAAACCAGGUGAUCCUCAGAGAUUCCAUGGUGUGAACGAGAGAAUCUCCAUUAAGAACUAUGAAGAGAUCGUGCUGUUCUACUUCCAGCUCAUCCAGAAUAAUGACAUCAGGAAGUUGCCACCUCCUCACAGUAGCCAGCAUGAGCUGUAAAUGGUGGGAUGUUACUUACACUAAUCUCAAAACACUGAGUGAAAUUUUUAAAACAAAGCUCAAGGAGCUCAGAUUGAAAAUCGGAAUAAAAUGAAUACCACAGCUUUAGAAAGGAAUUGAAGGUGUGAAACAUUUCAGUCAUAAAGAUUCAUUCUUGCAUUCCUUACUGAACGAUUUAAAAAACACA